AUGGCUUCGCCUGGGCCCUUAAAAGUACAGCUAGGCGACCGUCCCAGCGAUCUGUGUGCGGGGCUGCUGCACGGCCUAGCCAACUGGCUCGGGGCGACGCCCAUCCUCGUUCGGGGGUCAGUUCGGGGGCUUCAGCGCGAGAAGGUCUUCAUGCGGGAGCUCGGGCGUGCUCUUGGCGUCGCCCCCAUCUUUCUGCAGCUGCAGGAAGACGGACGCGACGUCGCGGAAGCAGCGGCUUCGUCUGUGUUCGUGCACGUGCACUUCGUGCAGCCAGCGCUAACUCCGCUGGAAUGGGUCGUCACCGUUGACGUCUAUCUCGAGCGUGGGGACGAGGACGAGGCCUUGGCAGUGCUCAUGCACCACGAGGUGCCGGAGCUAGCAAAUGAGAUCUGGGAUGAUACGCUGCGUAUCAUCGCCCAGCACCACCAUUCCGUUCUCAUCAUGCUGAUCAUGCGAGGACGCCUUGCCGUCGAUCGUCGGCUCCCGGUGGAAGAUUUCUCUUCCUGGCGUGCUCCGCUUCUGUCGCUGGCCGUGGAACAGCCCAGAGGCGAUUUCGAAGCGCUUUUGGCAUUGCGGGCGGAUGCUAAUUUCCCCGACAGUCGUGGUCACACCCCUCUGGCUUAUGCCGUCUUGGCCUACUCGCACGGUUGCACCACGCUGCUGCUACGAGCAGGUGCCUCGGUCGCGCCGGACACCGGAUAUUGCCCGCUCCUGUUAUCCGUGGCCAAGAUGCAGCGUCAAAUGAUGCAUAUUCUGCUACAUGCUAGAGCCUGCCCCCAUCGCUGUGCCGUAGCGGGCAGCCUUCGCGGGGUUUCUCCACAUGGCCUGGCGUGUCAAUGGGACGAUGCAGAGACCAUGCGGGCUUUUCGAAUCCAUGGGCACCAUGCCGCCGGCCCGCACCCGGCGAUCCUGCCCGUGUCUUUUUCCUUGAGCGGAAGGGAAGUUGCUUUCAGUGAAGCUGGAGCCGAACAUGCUAUCAUUCUACAGCUUUGCCAUCGCAUGCCUCCGGUGGGACUAUUUGCUCGAGAACAGUGCGAUCGGGUUGCCAUCACUUACGACUCUUCUGCGUCCGUGGAUACUCACGCGCUUUUUUUGCGGCGUGCCCUUAGCGGGGGCGACUAUGACUUGGCUGCCAAUGUCCUGGAGCGUCAUCCCUUCUUGAUCGAGCAGGAGCAUGGAGCAUGGGGCGACCACGGCCUUCCUCUUUGUUGGGCGGCCGAGCGACGGGAAGUCGGAGCUGUGUCUACGCUGCUACAGGCGCGGGCAUCUCCGAACACGACGGGCCGCCGCCGUGCUGGCCCGCUUCUGCUUGCGGUCCGAUUCGAAGACGUCGGAUCGGUCGCCACACUUCUCCUGGCAAGAGCAGAUGUCAAUCGCGCCAGUCCGGAGGGCCGCUCUGCACUGAGCAUGGGGGCGGCGCUGCGCUCUCAACCUUUGGUCUCGCUCCUCUUGGAGUUCCGCGCUCACGUGAGCCCAUGUCUCGAGGUUCUCUUGCCGCUACUGAACAGCACGUUCCUGCGUGUGGGCCAAGGCCACGACCACUGUGCAACGCCGGUUCUACUGUUGCGCGCGGCUGGUGGUCUUUCGCAUCCCCUCCGGGUCCAUGCCGCAAUCUCGGAACUCGUUCCGAAACUCCUGGCCGAUGGCAACUGGUCCGCAAUCUUUCUUCUUCAGUGCUGGGCGCAGUCGCAGUUGGGUCUCCAAUCGAAGGUCGGUCGCGACCGUCGCCUCGUCCAGGCUUCAGAGUCCUAG